UCCUCUUUCAUUCGACUUCAGGCGCUUCCUAACAAUGGCGGAGUCUACUAAGGCGGGCCGCCGAGCCUUAAAUCCGUGGGUACUUCACGUUCAGAAGCUUGGUCUCGAACUCAAAUGCCCUCUCUGCUUAAACCUAUUUAAUAGACCAUUGUUGCUGCCUUGUGAUCACGUAUUUUGCAAUUCAUGUAUGCCCAGAUUAGCACGGUUUGGUUUAGAGUGCCCUUUAUGUAAAUUUGAAUGUCGUGAAGCAGAUUUAAGGCCUUUGCAUUUUGUGGAAAGUAUAGUGACAAUCUUUAAAGGAUUAGAUGCUUUUUCUGGGGCCAAUCUGAAUCAUUCUCUUUCUUCUGUUGCUGGGAGGGUUUUGGACCAAUGCCCGUCUCAAGAGUAUAAUUCAAGUGACCAAUCUGUGUCAGCAAAUAUGCUGGGUCAAGUUACAUAUAAUCAUGACGUUGGAGGUAGCAAAAGUAAAGGAUUUGAGAUGCUUGGUAAGGGACCAAUUUUAUGUUAUAAUGGUCAAGGUCCUGUAUCAUCACAGCCAAGUACCUGGAUACAGAGUGAAGGCAUUCAAGAGUGUGGAGCUGGGAAAAUUGAUAUGAAUCGUGUGGAACAGACAUUGCUUGGCAGUCCUCCUUCAUUUGAUAAUAUUAAGGGUUCAGACAAUGAAAGUAGUGACCAGGGAAGUGAGCAUAGUCCUGAAACUUAUCCAGCCAAUAGGCCAAUCAAGAAAAGUUUUAGUACAACACUGGAACAUGGGUUUUCUGCUUCUGAAAUUGAAGGUCAUUUGAGGGACCCCAAGAGACAAAAGAAAUUGAACUACAGUUGCAAGGAUAUGGGUGUGAAAAAUGCUGGUAAUAUUCAAUCAAUGGUUUUGCCAAGUGAAAGCAUGGUGGCUUCAACUACUGAAUUGGAACCUAAAUCUGGAGGACCCCUCGUGGGUGCAACACUGCCUACAAUUUCAGAUGGCUCUCAUGCAAUUAAAUUUAUUUGUGGAUUUUGCCAGUCCAGUAGAAUCUCAGAGGCAACUGGCUCCAUGUUGCAUUAUGCUAAUGGGAAGCAAGUAAUGGGAGAUGCAGCAGCCUGUUCUAAUGUUAUUCAUGUUCAUAGUAAAUGCGUUGACUGGGCACCACAAGUAUAUUAUGAUGGCGAGACAAUUAAGAAUCUGAAAGCAGAAUUGGCAAGGGGUUCGAAGCUCAAAUGCACUGCUUGUGGGAAAAAGGGUGCAGCACUAGGCUGCUACAUGAAAUCUUGUCGGAGAAGUUAUCAUUUUCCCUGUGCUCUGGAAAUUCCCAAAUGUCGAUGGGAUGAUGAAGACUUUCUUCUGCUCUGUCCAGUGCACUCUUCAGUCAAAUUUCCAAAUGAGAAGUCUGGAAACUGUGUUGUAAAGAAUGAUCCUGCAUUGCAAAUAACCCCACAGCAGUGUAACUUUUGGGCUGCCUCACCUGACAAAGCGAAAAAAUGGGUUUUAUGUGGAUCUGCUUUGUCUACUGAUGAAAAGAUUCUUUUGGUCAGGUUUGGGAGCAUGGUUGGUGUAACUGUGUCCAAGUUCUGGAGGCCAGAUGUCACACAUGUGAUUGCAGCCACAGAUGAAAAGGGUGCAUGCACAAGGACAUUGAAAGUUCUCAUGGCCAUUGUGAAUGGUUGUUGGGUUCUUAAGAUCGACUGGAUAAAAGCUUGCAUGGAAGCCUUGCAUCCUGUAUAUGAAGAGCCUUAUGAAAUUAGUCUUGACAAUCAUGGAUGUCAAGAUGGCCCAAGAACUGGCAGACUUACGCUGUUGGAAAAGGCAUCAAAGCUCUUUGAUGGCUUAAGUUUCUAUUUUGCUGGUGACUUCAUUUCGGGUUUUAAGGAAGAUCUUCAUAGUUUGGUUAUUGGUGCGGGAGGAUUUGUUUGGAAGAGUGAGGUAGAAUUGCUGGCACAAGCAAAAGAUGACAAUGGAGCUUGUUCUAAGAUACUAAUUGUUUAUAACCUUGAUUCCCCACAAGGAUGCCAAUUAGGAGAAGAGGUUUCAAUAAUUUGGAAGAGACUAAACGAAGCAGAGGAAUUGGCUAACAAAGUUGGUUCCCAGGUGAUUGGUCACACAUGGCUUUUGGAAUCAAUUGCUGCACAUAAGUUGUGGCCUCUUGUCAGCUAAAAACUUUAGCAUUCACAACUGAUAGUUUUUGGUAAGUUAUGAUGCCAAAUUGUCAGUUGCACUUGUUGAAGAUCUCAAGUUUUGUAUACAAUUAUGUCAUUUGAGUUAUGAUCUUUAGUCUGCUGACCAGAAUUCACAGCACAGAUAGCAUCUACUCUGUUAGCUUAGUUUGUAGGCUGUGCAUGUUAAAGCCUUAGUGAAAUAAGUUAAGUUUUCUUGUUAAAAAAGAAGAAAUCCUGUAUCUUUAGUUGAUGUGUAACAAUUAUAAAACAAUUAUAAUGCCUUG